AUGAACAGGCGCUACUUGCAAGCGUUUUCAGUCUGUUUUAACUUUAGGUUUUGUGAGAUUUGUUGAAAAUUUGUUUAGAAUGUUUUCUAACAACACUCAGAACAAAUAUCUAAUCUUUUCUAAUAAAGAAAAAAUAACACGGAAUCGUGAAAAAGCCAACAAAAGGUACAUAGAAAGCGCUGCAUCAUAUGAAAAGUGUGUAAAAGACUGCUUUCUAAAUGCAGAAGAAGAGUUGAUGAUCGUCAAAUGUUAUGAAAACUGUCUUAAACAGUUUUUUGUGCACUUCAACCCAAAGAAUGAACCCGUACCUAAGGAAGUAAAAGGGACAGCGUUUCAUUUUUAUAAAAGGUUCUUCAUUGUGAGUUCAGUCAUGGAUUACCAUCCAAGCGAAAUUAUGUUGACCUGCAUCUAUUUGGCCUGCAAAAUAUGCGAUUAUGCUGUGUCAAUUGAUAUGUUUGUGAGAAGCAUCGGAGGCGACCCGAGGUUGAUGAAGUUCAUCAUCCUGGAUCAGGAGAUAGAGGUGUUGUAUCGUUUGGGAUUCAGGCUCCACAUUUCUCUUCCCCACCGAUGUAUCGAGGAAUACAUGACUCAAAUCAGAGACCAGGCCAACCUGGAGAAACCUGAGAAGUUGUAUUACCCCAUCAAUCGGUUCUUGGGAUCCAUGUGGUUCACAGAUAUCUGCCUUCUGUACUCUCCGACACUCAUUGCUCUGGCCGCAGUCAUGCAAGGUGUCAGCCGAUGCAGGGAGAACAUCGAUCACUUUGUGAACCACAAUCUGCUCGGGUGUCUACCGGAGAACAAAAGAAAAGAUGUCUUGUUGAUUGUGCGCGACAUCCGCUCAACUGUGAUAAAGUCCGGUAGUCCUCCUAAAAUAGAAGAAAUCGCAGAGUUGGAGAAGAAACUGGCCAUUUGCCGCAACCCCAUGAACAAUCCGACAAGCAAUGUCUUCAAACAAAGAAUGAUGGAGGGGUUCGCUAUGGAAUCCAAUGGAAAAUAAGAAGACCAAAUGAAUCCUAGACUCGUUAAAUUUUGUUAUGCUGUUAUUUUUUCAAUGAACGUUGCAAAUGUUCCUAUAGUCAAUUCCAAAGGGAGUGUGAUAUUUGUUAAAGUUGCGUUUAAAAUAUUUAAGUGACAAAUGUUUUAUUUUUGUUGUUUUGCUUCUAUUUUAGAAGAUAGUUUAGUUAGUUUUAUUAAUUCACAACAG